AGACACUGAGACACACACACACUCACAGUUUAGUUUUAGUGUCCAGGAGUGUGAAGAUCAGGGAAGAUCACACAACAUACUGUGGGUUGACCCCUGAGCCUCUGUGUCUCCACGUCAAGGAUACAGGUUGCACARCAGGGACACAAUCGCAGUUGCCAUGGAUCUUGGGAAAAAGCUCAGCACUCCACAAGACAUCAUGUUGGAGGAGUUAUCGCUGCUGUCCAACCGAGGAUCUCGACUCUUCAAAAUGCGCCAGAGGAGGUCGGACAAAUACACGUUUGAAAGUAUUCAAAACGAAGCGAACACCCUGCUGAGUAAUGACCUUUUAAAUCAAAACGCACAUAACGUGGAAAUCAAAGUGGAGCCACAAACUACUGGAAACUCUGCAGAAAACACGACUUCAGUUAUGACUGCAGAGAAGCUGAAAAGCACAGUUAUGCACAAGACUUAUCACUCGCCGUGGGCAGAGGCCAUCCUCGGUGACCCUAACCUCGCUGAAACUCUCCAACUCGGGUUGCCAGAGCUGGUGCCGCGAGGAGAACUCCCCGAGUAUAAAUGCUUCAACCGAGUCGCCACUCCAUAUGGUGGCUUUGAAAAAGCUCCCAGAGGAAUCACGUUUAAGAUCCCCGAGGUGGACCUGAAGCCACCCGAAUACCAAGAGCUCCGAGAGCCGGGGAUGAAGAGGCCCACAUUCAACAGGACAGCCCAGGGAUGGAUAUCUGAGGGCACCCACCUCAUUAUACCCACUAUUACACUGGAGCCCGUCAGCGUGCCCGAGUCUGAUGACCUGUAGAUUUUAAUGGAUCACCCAACAUGAUGCAGCAUUUAGUUUCUUAGAUCAACCUGAGACAAAAAAGUAAAAAGUAGCUCUGUUGCACUCCUUUUUCAAUCUGAAAUUUAAUCCUGUGCGAUGGACUAAAGAUGUGAUGUUUGUUCUGACUGUAUUUUUACUGGAAAAACUCAAUGAAGUCAGAUAUGUAAAUAGCAAAUGACAUGUGCGGUGAAUAAAAUCAGCAACCAUGAAAACAAAGCUAUUAUUCAGUGUGCCGAAGAAAUAAUAAAUGUGUAAAUAAAGUUUA